AAUACUGACAAAAAGCAAAUUUCAAAUCCUUCCAAAUUUAAAAAUAACCCAAUUAAUCAAAAUCAAAUCAAAUGGGUUCCUAAAUUCACUCCUUCACUGUCCGUAAAGCUAAAAGAAAUCAUCAAAAUUUCCACUGAUUCAUUACCCUAAUCCUUAAUCCUUCUUCACCAAGUGUAAACACAGAACGACAACAAUCCACCACUUGGCUACUCUACUGCUACUUCUUCUUCUUCUUCAACUACACAAGAGUUGGUCAUUUUGAUUUUACUAUUGCAACUCUUGGGAUCUCUCAUUUCAACUUCAAAAAUGAUGCAUCGCUUUAGUUUUCACACUGCAACCCCGUGAGACCACUUAUUGCGGGUCUCUGAGAAACUGCAUAAUUUCUUGGAUGAACUUGUUUAGAUAUAUCUUGAGAGGCAAAUUUCUUUGCGUCGUUCGAUCCAAAUCUUAUUCUCUCGAUGUCUGUUCAAGAGAAAUUUUCUUCGUUGCCAUCAUCAAGUUCUGCUCGAGAGGUUGAUCCAUUGUUGAAGGAUUUGAAUGAGAGGAAGCAGAGCUUCAGGCGAAAUGUUGUGUCUUUGGCUGCGGAGUUGAAGGAGGCUAGAAGCCGUCUUUCGUCUCAAGAAGAAUCGUUUGCUAAAGAGACUCAAACAAGGCAGGAAGCAGAGACUAAAGCUAAGACUAUGGAACAAGAAAUCGGGAGAUUACAUGCGGAAUUGGAAGAAAGGGAUGGAAAACUCAAGGCUUCUGCAACUACUGCCACCAAGUAUCUCCAUGAGUUGGAUGGAUUAAGAUUACAGCUUGCCGCCACUCAAGCGACCGCUGAUGCGAGUGCUGCAUCAGCUCAAUCUGCACAGAACCAGUGUUUAGUGCUUUUGAAGGAAUUAGAUGAAAAGAACACUUCUAUAAAAGAGUACGAAGAUCGAGUAAAAAGGUUAGGAGAACAACUAGACAAUCUACAGAAAGAUCUCCAGGCAAGGGAAUCUUCUCAGAAGCAACUGAAGGAUGAAGUGAUGAGAGUUGAGCAUGAUAUUUUGGAAGCUCUAGCCAAAUCUGGUGUGAGCAAGGAUUGUGAAUUGAGGAAAAUAUUAGAUGAAGUUUCCCCCAGAAAUUUGGAGAAGAUCAAUAAGUUGUUGAUUGCCAAAGAUGAAGAGAUAGCGAAACUCAAAAAUGAAAUCAAGAUGAUGUCUGCUCACUGGAAGCUUAAAACCAAGGAGUUGGAAUCACAGUUGGAGAAACAACGACGAGCCGACCAAGAGUUGAAAAAGAGGGUGUUAAAGCUGGAAUUCUGUCUGCAAGAAGCUCGCACUCAAACAAGGAAACUUCAAAGAAUCGGAGAGCGACGAGAGAAAGCCAUAAAGGAACUGAGAGAUCAGUUGGCAGGAAAACAAGGUGGAGCCAGUCCUGCUGCAGGUGCCGAAAAGCAUAACAUUUGGGAGACCUCAGGGUUCAAGGUCGUGGUUUCGAUGUCGAUGUUGAUAUUGGUAGUAUUUUCUAAGCGAUAAAGUAAAUCAUUAGAAUGUAUAGUAGUAGCAUGGAUAGAAGUCAUUUUAGAGGGCCUUGCUACAGUAUAGGAGGUAGAAUGUAGAGGAGAAUUUCGCCCUUAUUCUCCAUUUAGCUCUAGGAAAAUGUAGAAGAAAGACCAUUAAAAAAAUCUUUAUGCUAAUAUGUUAAAGAUUUAUAGUGACAGUGGUAUUUUCCCAAAAUCACAGGAAGUGAUUCUGUAUUUAUAUGUAGAGCGUACCUUUUGAUGAA